AUGGCUCUUGUGAAUUAUUGUUUAUCAAUGUUUGUUUGGCUCUUGAAUAUUGGGAGAUUAUCAUUUAUGGCUAUUAUUACCACCGAGUUUUUGAAGUCAUUUGGAUCACCUGCCUGCUCUGAACUUGAUGGCGGCAGUGUGAGUUUAACUUAUCAUAUGGAUUCCAUUCUGAGGACUUUCAAUGCCAGCUCUGUACGUGAUGGCAGCAACGAGAGUUCAUCUUGUGAAUUGGAUCCUAAUCUGAUGACUGCUAAUGCCUGCUCUGAACUUGAUGACGGCAACGAGAGUUCAUCUUGUGAUUUGGAUUCCAAUCUGAUGACUGUCAAUGCCAGCUCUGACCUUGAUGGCGGCAACGACAGUUCAUCUUGUGAAUUGGAUCCUAAUCUGAUGACUUUCAAUGCCAGCUCUGAACUUGAUGGCAGCAGCGACAGUUCAUCUUGUGAUAUGGAUUCCAGUCUGAUGACUUUCAAUGCCAGCUCUGAUCUUGAUGGCGGCAGCGAGAGUUCCUCUUAUGAUAUGGAUUUUGAUCUGACGACAGAAGACGACCACGACCACGACCAGGACGCACCUCGUUUGGAAAACCCAGAAGGACUCUGCCACCUAUUUAGAAAUAAACUAGAAGAGUUCGACCGAAAGACCCAGGACCUCCUCCAGAUAAUCGAGGAGAAGAAUAGGAGGGAGGCAGACCUUAAUGAAACCAUUAGGCAGCUCAACCAGGAACUGAUCAACGAAAAGACCUCUUGCGCCAUAAACCUCCUACACCUUCAUGAGGAGGCUGAACUUCUUAAGAUCGAAGAAGUUCUGGCCAAGGAAAGAGAGUCAUUUAAAGAACUACAGAAGCAAAUGGAAGAUGAAAAGGAAGCGAUGGAAAGACUCACAUUAGAAAAAGAGCAGAAGGAAAAUGUCUUACAAAUCCAAGAGCAACAGAUCUCGGAGAAAGAACUUGUUAUUAAGGAUUUGAUAAAACAGAACGAGACGCUUAAGAAAAACAUGGAAACGAUGAAGGACGACCUCGAACAAACCCGACAGCAGCAAAUUUUAAAGGAGGCUGAACUUCUUCAGAUCGAAGAAGUUCUGGCGAAGGAAAGAAUCUUGUUCAAGGAGGCCAUAAAAAAGACUCAUACAAGAAAAGAAAGUGAAGGACGCGUGAUCAAGGAAUUGGAAAUGCAAAACGAAAGGUUGGAAGACGAAAACAGCAAGAAGGAGAGCCAGUUAAACAUCUGGGAAAAGAAAAGGGACACAAUGGAUGGAGAGCUGCACCAAAUCAGGCUGGACAAGAGCCGAAUGGAACGCCAGCUGCGCCGAACGCGAGGGAUAUGA